AUGGAGGAUUUUUUCAAUUUUGGGAACGAGCUUUUCGAAUGCGACAAGCAGCAAGUUGAAAAGGCAGCCCCGCAAUUCACACCUCUCUAUUUCUCUCCUAAAGACUGUGAUGGCGACGCAAAGUUCAAAGAGGAUCCGAAAUUGUACAAGCAGUACGCCGACUACCUGUAUUUUAAGGGCGAGUACAGCGCUGCCUUGCUCGCGUACCAAGAAUUGAGGCACGCGUACCAAGGCAAUUUGUUUAUGGCCAAGUGUGUUCAGGAAAGUGAAGCCUGGUGUUUGGCCAAGUUAGGACGCGCAGAUGAAGCCGAAGCUGUCGCCCAGCUGUUGACCAGCAACAAUGGACCCAACUACAAUCACAACAUCAUCAUCAACAGAUCAGAGAACAACGCUGACAACUCCAGUUCUGACAGAAAUAUUUACAACAUCAUCAACCUGGUCUACCAAAUUAACGGCAAUCUCAACAACCUCAACAACAUUGAUUACGACAAAAAUAUCGUCUUCAACUACGACAACAAGAGCAACAACCUCAACAACAACUCCACCUUUAACCACAACUUCAACAGAUCUCAUCGUAGAAAAAUGCGAAUCUUCAUUCUCACUAGAUGUAAAAUAUAUACAAUUAUUUCCUUUUAUUGCUUACCCUAUUCUGAGUCCUUUCAGAAGGGACUUUUUGAAACCAAUGGACGAUUGAAAGAUCCGGACAAAUUCGGUUUUUGGGUCACCUCAUGCAAUCAACUUUUUGUGUUCGGCAAAUCUUUGGUGACGUGGAGGGAAAACAACAUCAAAUGCGCUUCAAUUGGAAUGCAGCCGAUUGAAAUAGGAAACGACGCCAAAUAUCAGUGCUUCAAGGAAUUGGCAAUCAAUUGGAAGUACGGGUCAAACUACUGGACCUCUGGCCUAAGGACACAAGGCAGUAAAUUUUCGUGGUGCACCAAAAAUGGAUCUUCUGAGAUGACCGGUUCUGUGGAUCUUUGGGCGCCAGGCCAGCCCGAUAAUCUGAGCGGAUCGGAAAACUGUGUUCACUUGAACAUCAAAAAAGAAAAUACUACUGUUUAUUUAACCGACAAAAAAUGCACCAACAUCAAUGUUUUUUCCUGCCAAGGUCCGACAACGCCUCCGCCACCAUGCUCGUCACCAGUUUGUCCCAAUAUCACGUGCAAAAGAAAUAUGUCACUUUAUACAAAUUCGACCAAAGAGGGCAAGACUUCCUACUAUUUGACAAAUCCAGAUAUGUUCGGCUCCUGGUACAAGAAAAACAGCCGUUUUUACUUUUAUAGCUACUCGAACCAGUCGCAAACAUUCCUAGGGGCGAUGAAAGCCUGCUGCGAUUUAGGAAUGAAUCUACUCAGCCUCCAGUUUGAUUACAAAUUUGACGCAGUUAUUGCUGGAAUAAAAGAAAGAUAUGCAAAUCCGGGCAACUUUUGGACUUCGGGCACAGACAGCGGUUGCGAGUCAACUUUCGGCUUCUGCGCUGUGAAACGUUUGCUUCGGAAAGAUACCAACAAUUGGCAGCCGGGACAGCCGAACAACGCAGGCGGAGCGGAGAAUCACUUGGUUGUGUUCAUCAAUGGGUCAAGUGCAUUGAUGGCUGAUUUUAACGGCGAUGUAAAGCUCCGAUACAUCUGCGAGUCCCGGGACACGUCCAAUUCCGACUCAGCAGGCAAAUCUCAUCCUAUUCGAGGUGAAAUUGAUAAUAUGCUGAACAACACAAACUAUGAUUUGAGGAUGAAAUGCUUCAUCAAGUGCAUUGGCGAAAAUAGCGGUUUGAUGAUCGACGGAAAGUUUAUUGAAAGUGAAGUUCUGGCCAUUUUGGAAAAGUUGGCAGUUGGUAAUUUGGAGGAUCUCAAGAAAAACUUGAUGAUAGUAGACGAGUGCUCUAAUUCCUCUGGUGGAAUGGAUGAGUGCGACAAGGCGGCGCAAAUGAUCAAGUGUACAAAUGAAAAGGCGCCCGACGUACUCAUGAGCGUAGUUAAUGAAAUGGAGAGGUCUAUUUCUCAAUCGGAGUCAUCCCAGAACAUUGCUCCGCUGCGCCCGCAGCCUACUUUUUGUGUCCAAGAUUAUCCUUGCUUUGUAGACUCGUUCUUAAGAGCGAAGUACGACGAAACGACAACAAGUCAGGAGUUUGAUAUCCCAGUAUCGUCCGCGACAAACUUCACUAUUGAUUGCGUUUGCGGCAAAAAAUACCUGUUAUUUACGAUCUACAAUUACAACUACAACGCCGGAAACAGUCUGUGCUGCAAGUUCGGCCUCCGGCUGGCCACUCUGGACACACUGCAGAAGAUAGAGUGCGUUUUUAACAGCUCAGUAUAUGGAUCGUCGCACAAGAUCUGCAACUUCUGGAUUCCCGUUGCUUGGCGUGACGGACAGCCGCGGUGGUGUUUCUCAAAUUCUCCUUUGAAUGACCUCGCUUUCGACACUUCUACUCUAGAUCCCUCGAUUCCGGGUUUUAUUAUGAAUUACAAUUUAAAGAAAAUAUCGUCAUUUGAUCUGAGCUCUGGCAAUUAUGCACAUGUUUUGUGCGAAGAUUAUUAAAUUUCAAUGUUUUUCUAACUUUAUAAACUAAGGAUGUGGUUUUGUAGGGACGCAAACUCUAAAGUUCAAAAGCGUGUGAAAUAAACAUUACUUUAAAGGGGUCAGAAAGACAUGUCAACGCACCAUUAUAGAUUUUCUUAUUUUCAUAUGAGAAAUAUUAGUCAAAGUUUGUUAUUUUCGUGUUAUACGGAGGAAUUUGAUUUGUAACCCCACAUUUUAUGCAUAUGAUUACCUUAAAAAAUAAACAAGCUUUCCAGUGGU